UAGUCUAUGGAAUCAAGUAGAAUUGCAUAGAAUUUGCUGGAAAGCGCGCAUACAGGAUAAAACCGGCCCUUGGGUGGCAUUGUGUCAACAGAUUUGGGUACAACAUUCGUGCAGUGACACUAAAUAGGCAAACAAAUUAUAAUUAUAGUGAUGUCGGAAUCAGAAGCUAUGCUGCACUGUUACAAUCGUGGUUGUGGUAAAAAAUACGAUCCUGAAAAUAACAAGGAAGGUGACUGCAUUCAUCAUCCUGGACUGCCUGUUUUUCACGACGCCUACAAAGGCUGGUCGUGCUGUAAUAAAAAAUGUACAGACUUCACGGAAUUUCUAAACAUCAAAGGCUGCACCAAGGCUUUUCAUACAAACGUAAAACCAGCUGACCCGGAAAAACCUGCCGUUGACAAAUCGAAAGCGGAUGAAAUUAUUGAAGUUAAACCUCUGCCGAGAAAUGUUAACCAAAGCUUGCCCAGACCUUCUUACGACAGCCCUCAAGUUACUUUGAUACCUGUUGUAUCACCUGCCUUACUUCAACAAAUUGAAGGCCUUGCUGUACAGACCACAACGUCCACAACGACUCAAAUCCCGAUCGGUGAAAUGUGUAAACGCAAAGGAUGCAAAGCCUCGUAUACGAAGACUCCGGUUGACCAAGAACCGUGCACGCAUCAUCCAGGUGUACCUAUUUUUCACGAGGGGCUCAAAUAUUGGUCAUGUUGUCAGAAAAAGACAACAGAUUUCAGCGUUUUUCUGGAACAACCUGGCUGUUCUCAGGGAACCCACCUCUGGCUGAACGAGGCUAAGAGCAAAACUGUUAAGUGUCGAAUGGAUUGGCACCAAACCGGUGGGUUUGUUGUGGUUUCCAUUUUUUGUAAAAAGUAUCAGCCUAGCCGGUCGAAUGUUAGAUUAAAUCCAGUACGAUUGACUGUGGAUUUGUACUUCCAAGAGGAAGAUUCCAGAUAUGAGCUGGAUGUUGAACUCAGAGGGGUAGUCAAUGUGGAAGAAAGUAGCGUAAACAUGUUGCCGACUAAAGUAGAAAUAAAAUUGAAAAAAGCUGAACCAGGAUCUUGGGCUAAGCUUGAAACCGCAAAUCCAACCACGAUACAAACACCUCCUGUCUCACAGUCAGAGUCUGAGAAAGAGGAGAGCAUUACUGCGCAAGUAGAUGCCGUAGACCUCAGUGAUCUUUGAAAACGGCGACUUUUGCCUAUUGACGUCUUCCAUGAGCGCAUUCAGUCGUCUUGGUACUGCAGCUUCUUCUUGCGCUUGGAGGAAUUUGAAAGUUGACAAUUCAAGGUGAGCCUGUUCGAUUUGUUCCCAUAAGUCGUGUAUUUGUUUCGAUAAUCCUUGUGCACGUGUCUGUGAAAAGAUGUUAGGGGAAAUUCAUAAAGAGAAUAUUGAUAAUUUGAAUUUUGUCAAAUUUAGAAUCGUUCAGUCAUGACAUCACGAUAUAAUUCUGCAGAUACUAAUUUACCUGAUAGCCUCCAGUCAAUAUUUUGAGCUUCUUCUCCAUUUUGGCGGCACGUUUUGCUUCCCCAGUCAUAUGCACACGGUUUUCUUCUAAUUUUCUUUCACAUGCUUCAACCCUAUCUUUCUUCGAAGCUAAAGUAGCUCUUGUGUAUCGCUUCUGAUUCUCCAGAUAUAGAAUCUAUGAUAAAUAAUCGAUUUAAUUUUU